GCUGAGCCGGCUGGGAGGGCUGGGCCGGCUGGGAGGGCUGGGCCGGCUGGGUAACCUGCGGUGAUUUCUGUGCCUGCUGAACCUGCUGAACCUGAGGUGACGGCUGUGGCUUUGGUGCCUGCUGAACCUGGGGUGAUUGUUGCACCCUUUGAGCCUGCUGAACCUGCGGCGACUGCUGCGCUCUUUGAGCCUGCUGAACUUGCGGCGAUUGCUGCACCUUCUGGGCCUGUUGAACCUGUGGCGACUGUCGGGCCUGUUGCUGAGGCUGCUGUUGCUUCUGAGCUUGCUGGGCGAGUUGAGCCUGUUGAGCCUUUUGAGCCUGCUGGGCCUGCUGGAGCUUCUGAGCCUGGAGCAACUGCGCGGCAUGGAGAGCCUGGGCCGACUGAGCAGACUGGGGCCGUUGGAUUUGCUGCGCCUGUUGUGCCUGCUGAGUCGUGUGUGCCUGCUUUGGCAUCUGCUGAGGCUGUGCGGACUGAGGCCGUGCUUGAUGCUGCUGGUGUUGGGUGUGUUGAGGCUGCACAUGUUGCUGUUGACCAUUCUGCUGCUGAUGUUGCUGUGCCUGUUGCUGGCCAUGGUGCUGUUGGUGAGCUUGUUGGUGUUGCCCAUUCUGAGCCUGACCAUUCUGUGCCGCUGCUGCCGCUUGUUGCUGUUGCUGCUGCUGUCUAAGAAGAGCAGCAUACUGAUGCGGGCUGGUCGUGGCAGCGAUGCCGUUGGCAAUACCCGGAGACGAGGCGCCUCCACCGCCAGCAGCCGCAUUCAUGGCAUUUUGCGACAUGGUCGUCCUUUGAUGAAUCAUCAGGCGAGUAAGAUGCUCUGUGGCAUGUUGGCGCACGAGCUCAGGUGUCCAGGUCGGGUUCUUGAGCCGAUAUUGGUUUUCCAGGUUGCUAAGCUGUUGCUGAAUGCCAGGCGGCACUUGUGUGAGGGGGCGAGGUGAGCCUGAAGCGCCGUUAGGCAUAUGGAGACCACCGGCAGGAGACGUAGCCACACCGCCACCAUUAGCAGCGUUGAAUGCCAUCAUGGCUUGGGCAUUAGCCUGAGCAUUGGCAAUGAAGCUCUGCUGGUUCACACCAUUGACGCCGUUAACACCAUUCACACCGUUAGCGCCAUGGACGCCAUUAACUGACGCCGGCCGCAUGUUUGGCGGAGAGUGAGACUGAGACGCAUGAGAUGUCGGUGUUCCCUGGUGCAUUUGCUGUUGUUGUUGCUGCUGCUGCUGCUGGGACGGUUGCUGUUGCUGCUGUUGCUGCUGUUGGGCCUGCUGGUGUUGCGGCUGCGGCUGCUGUUGAUGAACC